UAUCAUUGGUCUACACAGUUUUCACACAUAGAGCGUGUGUCGGAAAAUUUCCAAAACAUGUUGUCUUAUCGAGUGUAAAAUACAUUUCGAUGGCGGAUGGUAAAGACUAAAAGUCCAUGGCUGCGAAUAAUAAUUAUGGAAUACAUUUGGUUGCAGGAGGAAUUGGUGGAACUGUUGGUGCCAUUUUGACAUGCCCUUUGGAAGUAGUUAAGACUAGAUUACAAUCAUCUGUAGCGACAUUUGAGCCUGUGUGUAUUAAAAGUGUUAGUUCAAAUAUCAAUGUCAUCUCAAAGAGCAAUAUAAACUUCAGUGCAAUUUCAAACAGUACCCACACAGCUAGUUGUACAGCACAACAUGGAACUAUCGCCGCUGAGCGGGCAUUGCAAAUUGCACAUAGUCGAUCAGUUGGACUUUACUAUUGUCUCAGGUAUAUUGUACAGAAUGAAGGGCCAGGCGCAUUGUUCAAGGGUCUUGGACCAAAUCUUGUUGGUGUAGCUCCAUCAAGAGCCAUCUAUUUCUUCUGUUAUGCCAACAGUAAGAAAUACCUUAACACAGUUUUAAACCCUGACACCCCUCUGGUACACAUUGGAGCGGCUGUCACUGCAGGUGUAACUGCAUGCACAGCAACAAAUCCUAUCUGGUUAAUAAAGACCCGUCUUCAAUUGGAUCAGAAGAAAAACAACAGCUUAACAGCAAGACAGUGUAUCCAGCGGAUUUAUGCUAAAGAUGGUUUAGGAGGGUUUUAUCGAGGUAUUACAGCCUCGUAUGUGGGAGUCACAGAAACUGUCAUACAUUUUGUGAUAUACGAGUCAGUGAAGGCUCAACUUCUAUCUAUGAGUAACCAUUCCGACGAUGAAAGAUCGUAUUUAGAUUUCUUUAAAUUCAUGUUGGCUGGAGCGUGCUCAAAAACAUUUGCUACAUGCAUAGCAUAUCCACAUGAGGUAGUUCGUACUCGUCUACGUGAAGAAGGGAACAAAUACCGAUCAUUCUUCCAGACGUUACUGCUGGUUGGUAAAGAGGAAGGGUACCGGGGACUUUAUCGUGGCCUCGCCACUCAAUUAGUUAGACAAAUCCCAAAUACCGCCACAAUGAUGGCAACAUACGAGCUAGUUGUCUAUCUAUACGAGUGUUGGAAACGGGACAGAAGUACCUGAAUUUCGUUUCGUUAAAGAUAUUUGCAAUUACAUUUAGAAGAGGCAUGAUCUCGGGUUCACUUGAAAAGUGCUUUAACCACAGUGAAUAGUUGACAAUAGUUUGUGGAAAAUAAAAUGGUGCUUACGUCCCCUUGUCUUCUCAUAUUUUGCCAUGUCAAGUCAGUGAAAAACAGGGCAUUAUGAGAGAACCAAAACGGGUGCAACUUAGAAAUACAUAUUAUUGUGUGACUGACUCUGUGUUAUGGAUUUUCAAACAUGAUAAAAUUGUAGAACAUAAAAGGAUGAUGAAAGAGUUACAACAUAAAUAGUAUACAUUGUAAUAUAGAUAAAAUCUGAUUAUACUGAUGUAAAUAAUGAAGAUAAAAGAUUGCCAUAUAUAGAUCCAUGGUUUAUGAUAUCAUAUUGUAUGAUUUAAUGAUAACAUCUUGAGUUUUAUUGAUAAGCGUUUAAUACAUUAGAGAAACAUCCAUUGCCAUUCGGAUUUUAUAAAAUAAUAGUUGCUGAUUUAUAUUAAACAAUUUGAAAUACUUGCUAAGAAGAAUCUUUUUCUCUAAUAUACUGUAAAUCUCUGCAGAUAACCACCCAUGACUGUUGUUUUAAACAACCAUGUUUAGACAGAGUAAUAUCAAUACAGAAAAUUGGAGUAUCAUAAGUAAUAUUUUCAGACCGACGACCAAACUUUUCGGCACAGUUAGAAAUAUAGCAGCUGAUAACCAUUAAAAUCUCGAGGGCUGGUAAAGAAUAAAACCCUCAAUUUUCUAUUUUAGAAAAAAGUGAUAAUAAUUUAUAAACAACCCUAUCUAUAUUUGUUAAGAAAACAAGGCUUAUUUUAAGUGUGCGUGUUUUUUUUUCAAUAAUGAUUUUCUGUGAUAUAUAGAAAUUUUCUAAUUUACUUGAUGUAUAUAUUUCAUGUUUUUGUUAUAUUAAUAAUGUGAGAUAAUGUAGGUAGCUAUGUUGGACAUAUAAUGUGCAUUUAUUUCUCGAGUAGAUGAAUGUUUUCUACUGUCAUUUUAAUGUUUAUACAUUGUGUAGAUAAUAAGGACAUUGUCACAUUUAAUUAAAAGGUGAUUACCACAGAUUUGACUGGUCUUGGACUUGUCAUGCUUUCUAAUAUUGAAAUAGUUAAAUGAAAAACUUACGUGCUUAAACAUUCUGUCUGCUGGCGGCACCUGAUAAAAACAAUACCAGAAAAGCAUACAUUUGGGUCAGUCAGCGCUUUUGUACUGUUUCUCUGGGGUCUACGCUGUUUGCUAUUCAGGAAGAACAGAUUUUGAAAUUUUCCCCUUGAAAAUGAUGAAUGGUUUUGUCUAGAUUGAAAGACAGACAAGUUCAUUUCAGAUAUUUAGCAUUUACUAAAAUAUUUAUCACCUCAGAGUUUAGACUGACUGUAUACAGAUGGCAACAGCAAACUUUUAGCAUUAUAAUUGUAGUCAUAGUAACUGUUAAUGUCAUAUAUGAAUGGAAAUUAUUUCUUUUGAUCAGCAUUUUAGUGUAUAAAAGUUUUUUGUUAUUUUGGAAAUUUCAUGAAAACUUAAUAUUUUGUUUAAAAAAAUGUUCAAUAUUUUUUGUACAAAAAUAUUGUAAGACAAUUUCAACAACUAAAAAUGACCCCUUAACAAAACUAGCAGUCAUUUAGAAAUUAGAUGAUAAAUUUUUAUUGAAAUAUAUAGUUGUAAAUGAUUAUAUCUCUUUUCAUAUAAAAAUUUAUACAGAGUUAUAGAUCUUGAAAAGUAAUACAUUAUGCCUUGUCAUAGAAAACUGCAAAUAAUUAACAUCGGGCCUUUUCUUACCGUUUCUGGUUGUUUCAUGUAAAAACAAAUGAUUCUUUAAUUAGUUGCUAGAAAUAAAACAAAAUUAUAAUACAUUACUAGAGGUGAUAUUAUGUGUACAGUUUUCAUAUCAUUCAAAUUUUUCAUAUUUUUUCAUUACAAUUUUGUAACAAAAUCAAUGUUUGCAUAAUACAAUCCAAGUAGUUAUUAUUUGUUUAGCUAGUAAACACACUUUAUUGUUGUAUAUUUUCAUUGGAUUGAAAUAUCACUGAACAUUUUUUCCACCAUUAUUGUUUUUAAUUUGAUUAUUCUUGGUUUUCUGAAAUCUGUAUUCUCAAGGAUUUUUUUCAUCUUCUUCAGUUAUUGUUCUUUUGUUUUGUUGUGAUUCUGUGAAAUUUUAAGCACUGCUUAUUAUUAAAUACUGAAUUAUACAUCUAGAUUUGUGUUAAAUUUUUAUAGGAAAAAAAAACGUGUAAAUUGUUUAAUUGGAAAAACUGUUUUCAGGUGUACAAACCAAGUUAUUCAAUUUUGUCUUUAGGCAUAUAUUAUUGCAAAGAAAUUACCUAUUAAUUUGUUAAAAUAUGUAGCAAUUUUUGCUUACACCUUAAGUAACUGGGUAGAAUUUUGAUGAUAAAUACCAUAAAUUAAGUGAUAUAAGCUAGCCUAAGGCAUUAACUAUUCAUGGAGGUCAAAUACCUAUACUGUAACUUGUCAAAAUAUGUAGAAAUUUCUCUUGAAGAGCACGGUAGAUUUUUUAUGAUAAAUACUAUAAAAUCUGUUAUAUUUGAACAAUACAAACAAAAUUUCAAUUUGAGUUUGAAAAUUUAUACACUCCUGAAAAUAUAAAGAAGAUUUAUUUAAGUAAUUCAGAGGCGUGCGAUGUAACAAUGUUGAAAAAAAAAUCAAAAGUUAACUAAAUUAAAUUUUGAACCAUUUUAACUUAAAGGAGAACAUCAUUUAUGUUUGUGUAACAUGAUAAAUUGUAAAAUAAUGUCCUGUUAGUAACAUGAUAUCAUCUUGUAACAUGAUCUACUUUUCAGUAUUCAAAAAGUAUUGUUAAUAAAUUGCAUUGUGUUUUAUAGGUGAUACAUAUUAUUUAUCUAAUAUUUAAUAUCGAAGUAUAUAUGUUCAUGUGGAAAAAUUAUGACUCCAAGUUGAGAUGGUAGAUUUAAUAUUAUUAAGAGAUUUAAUAUCAUGGUUAUUUUGAAAAUAACAUAUUUUACAGUGACAUUUGUCACAUUAGUGCAGUAACAGGUUAUGUCCUAAAUUUAAGUUAUUGCACUAAGGUGAGGCAGUAUGCCCAUCUAAGGGUAUUUAGUGAGAGAUCAGCUGAAAAUCAAAAUAAGAUCAUUUUGACGUAAUUCCUGGCAAUUUUUGUAUUUUACUUGAAAGAUUAAUAACUAAUGUGGCCCCAGGGUAUUUCUGUAAAUUACCAAUCGGAAUUUACCAUCCAUUGUUCACUUUAUAAAAAGAGUAUUGCAGUCUGAUUUACAUUUUAGGCAGAUUUAUAUUUUCUCAAGAAUCUCAAGUAUCAACUGUUGGUCAAUCACCAUUAUAACAGUCAAUCUUUUGAAAUUUAUAGUGAAUUCAGCUCAACACAGAAAAAAGGAGCAUAAUGUCACUUUAAGCUAAUUGGGUCAGCAUUAUUUUUUCUAUGUUAAUACAUGUAACUAAAAAAUCUAAAUUUUAUUCAUAAAACAUUUACUGUGUGUACAUACUUCAGAUUUUUGUGACAACAUACUGUAUGUCCAAGUGUUAUUAUAUCAAUUGGGCAUGAUUCAGGUAUUGUUAAAUGUGUAAUAAGUAAUCUCACAGGUUGUAUGGUUUCUGAUAAUUGAACUCGCAUUUUGCUCAAUGUCUUUGGAGGUGAUAAUUUUAUUGCAAAUGAUGAUAACUGAAGGUAUUUGAUAAAGUGAUUGGUAAAUAUUGAUAACUGAUAAAGUGAAAUUAAUUUAAUUGAUGAAUACAAUGAAGAGUGGAUGAAUCGAAUAAAUUGUUUUGUGAAGAAUGAAGUUAAAAUAGAAAGUUUUUGUACAUAGAAAUCUAGUCUCCACACCAGCCAAAUUUUAUUAAUCUACCUGCGUUAAUGAUCUGAGAAUAAAUUUUUCACUUUUGUAAAUUCAAGUCAUUUCUACAGUGUUACAAGGGAGGUAAUUUGGUUAUGUGUACACUUGUUACUUCCCUUUAGGUCAUGUGACCUUUAUCAGAUAAAUUCACAGUAGUACAGUUGCAGUUACUUCCCUUUUAGUCAUGUAACCAAGUUGCAGUGCAUUGAAUGUAAAGUAAAAAUGUAUAUAGUGUAGAUAGCUAUUGGUCACAAAAUGACCAGCCAUGUUUGUUUCAAUAUAACUUGUCACCAUCAGAUUUAUGGUAAAGUAUUAUUUUUGCUAAGUUUGUAUGCUUGGAUUUUAUUUGUUACUAAUGCAAACAUAUCUGUAUUUAUAAACCUAGUUGGAGGAAAUGUGCACUCUACCUUCUUCAUUUCUUUGUGGAUAUCUAGUGAACAAACAGUUUUAAACAGUUAUUUAUAAAUAUUUUACAUUUCUUUGCUUAUAUACAUGUCACGAUGUGAACAAAUGACCACCUUAAUUGAAUUUUGUCGUAGAUUUGUGACCACCCUGUAAAUAAGACCACUUCGGUAAACACCUGUCGAUGAUCUUAAGAGGGUUUUUAUCAUACAUGUAGUUGAAAUACCACCAGGUAUUUAUUUACAAAUGAUGUUAAUGCAGCUGAAAUAAAAAAAAUGACAUUUAAUUGUUUUGCAGUACAUUGAUAUUGAAGAAUAUAUAUAUUUACGGUAAAUUUUCUUUAAAAAAAUAAUUUCAUGUUAUAUUUGCAAUUUAAAAAAGGGCUUUCUUCUUUGUAUCUAAAUGUAACAUUUAUUUUUGAAUCUAUUAAAUACAAGAAAACAUAGGAACUGUUUUGAUAUGUGUUUGUGUAACAGAUAAAUUGUGUCCAAAGGCAUGCAUUCUUGGUGUAAGAAAAAAGGGCUUUGUUCCCUAUGAAAAAUCUAUGUUAAAAAAAAAUCAAUAAAAUUAUGAAAAUAUUA